AGUCUCAGAUAAAAAGAUUGAUGCUGAUGGACUUGCAGGCCUUCAACCUUCUCCUAUAAAACCCUGCUCAUGCUUCGUCUAUUCUAUAAUGUUCCAAACCAAGUUAGAAAAAAAAACUAAAUUACACAAGCCAUGAAAACCCAACAUCUCUUGCCACUUUGCCUCUUAUUUCUCUCAAAAUUAAUGCCAUGUACCUCUCAACAAUUUGCAUGCGACAAGAGCAAUACUGAAACAAGCCAGUUCCCUUUCUGUAACACCUCUCUAUCUUAUGAGCAGCGAGCCAAGGACCUCGUUUCACGCUUAACUCUCAAAGAAAAGGUGCAACAGUUGGUAAACACUGCCCCAGGGAUUUCCAGGCUAGGAGUGCCAGCAUAUGAAUGGUGGUCCGAGGCACUUCAUGGAGUCUCAGAUGUUGGUCCAGGGGUCAAGUUUAAUGGCACAGUACCAGGUGCGACGAGUUUCCCGGCUGUAAUUUUAUCGGCUGCUAGCUUUAAUACAAGCCUAUGGUUUAAGAUGGGGCAAAUUGUGUCAACUGAGGCUCGAGCCAUGUACAAUGUUGGUCUAGCCGGGUUGACGUAUUGGAGUCCUAAUGUCAAUGUGUUCCGUGAUCCAAGAUGGGGACGUGGCCAAGAAACGCCUGGUGAAGACCCUCUGGUGGUGUCUAGAUAUGCUGUAAAUUAUGUUCAAGGUUUGCAGGAAGUGGGCAGUGAAGAUAAUUCUACUACUGACAGUGACAGGCUUAAGGUUUCAAGCUGUUGCAAACAUUAUACUGCUUAUGAUGUUGAUAAUUGGAAAGGUGUUGACCGGUUUCACUUUGAUGCCAAGGUGACAAAGCAGGACCUGGAGGAUACAUAUCAGCCUCCAUUUAAGAGCUGUGUUGAAGAGGGACAUGUUAGUAGUGUAAUGUGUUCUUACAACAGAGUAAAUGGAAUCCCCACCUGUGCUGAUCCGGACCUUCUCAAAGGUGUUAUCAGAGACCAAUGGGGUCUUGAUGGAUAUAUUGUCUCAGAUUGCGACUCUAUAUCGGUUUAUCAUAACAGCAUUAAUUAUACUGCCACAACUGAAGAUGCUGUAGCUCUUGCCCUGAAUGCAGGGUUAAACAUGAACUGUGGGGAUUAUUUAGGGAAGUACACUGAGAAUGCUGUUAACUUGAGCAAGGUUGAAGAGUCUGUUGUGAACCAGGCCUUAAUAUACAACUACAUAGUUCUGCUGAGACUUGGAGUCUUUGAUGGGGAUCUCAAAUCCCAACCAUUCGGGAAUUUAGGACCAUCUGAUGUAUGUACCGAAGAUCAUCAGUUUUUGGCCCUUGAUUCUGCAAAACAAGGAAUAGUUUUGCUAGACAACAAUGGAGCUCUUCCUCUGUCUGCAAAUACCACUAAGAACUUAGCAGUUAUAGGACCAAAUGCUAAUGCCACUAUAGCUAUGAUUAGCAACUAUGCUGGCAAACCUUGUGGCUAUACUAGUCCCUUACAGGGGCUGCAAAAGUAUGUGUCAUCUGCGACUUAUGAACCAGGCUGUAGCAGUGUGAAAUGCAGAAAUGACAGCCUUAUUGAGCAGGCAGCUACGGUUGCAGCGACAGCUGAUGCGGUGGUGGUAGUGGUGGGGCUUGAUCAGUCUAUAGAAGCGGAGAGCCUUGAUAGAGACAACUUGACUUUACCAGGAUAUCAAGAAAAGCUGGUGAUGGAAGUAGUUGAUGCAACAAAUGGAACUUUGAUUCUUGUUAUUAUGUCUGCUGGUCCUAUUGAUGUCUCUUUUGCAAAGAAUAUUAGCAAGAUUCAAGGGAUACUCUGGGUGGGAUAUCCAGGUCAAGCUGGAGGAGAUGCCAUUGCUCAAGUCAUUUUCGGAGACUACAAUCCCGCUGGAAGGUCUCCUUUUACAUGGUACGUGCAAGAAUAUGUGGAUCAAGUUCCAAUGACAGACAUGAGAAUGAGGGCCGACGCCACAGCCAACUUCCCUGGAAGAACUUACAGGUUUUUCUCUGGAAAAUCCAUCUAUGGAUUUGGCCAUGGACUAAGCUACUCAUCAUUCUCCAAAUUCAUAAUAUCUGCUCCAACCACAUUACUCAUCCAGCUACUGCCACACAUCAUCCACUCUUCCAAUGGAGAAGCCAUUGAUGUCUCGACAAUAAACUGCAACAAUUCACAAUUUGAUGCUGUCAUUGGCGUGAAGAACAGCGGCCCAAUGGGCGGUGCCCAUGUGGUGCUAGUGUUCUGGAAGCCACCACCAAGCUCAGAAGUUACAGGCACACCCAAUGUGCAGUUGGUUGGGUUUGAAAAAGUGGAUGUGAGAAAAGGCAAGACCGUGAAUGUCACAGUAAGGCUGGAUUUAUGCAAGGGACUUAGUGUGGUGGAUAGUGAAGGAAAAAGGAAGUUGGUGAUGGGGCACCACAUGUUGAUUAUUGGGUCAACUAGUGAGCGCCAAGUGAGGCACCACAUCAAUGUAAGGGUUGCAGAAGCAGCAAUGGCGGAGGCUACGCAUCUAUGUAGAAUCAGCGUUACUUAUACCAACACCAGAUUACUAGAGCCCAGUGCAAAUUUGUACUGCAGUCUGCAGUGUAAUAAUAUGUAGUUCUGGGUUCAGAAAUAUCUAUUCUAGAUCUUGGUUUA